AUGCUUCACUCUGUCGUCGGCCCCGAGUCGCGGCCGCCAGUGACCAGUGGGAGAGUGUCGCCGGGACAGCUUCUACUGGUCCUGUUGGCGGCUGGAGCUGCUGCUGUACCACACGUUGGACACAGUGACGAAGGAUUCAAGCAAUACAGAGCUCCAGAGCCUGGAGGCUACUCGUAUGGGUACAGCCCUGCCCACGGCGAAGGCGGUGGCGCAUCGUGGCGUAAGGAGUCUGCAGACGCCGCGGGUAACGUGAUCGGAUCGUACGGCUUCAAGGACCCCGACGCACGGGUCAGGUUAGUCACGUACGUGGCCAACCAAGACGGCUUCCAAGCGAACGUCCAGUCGAACGAGCCUGGUUUACCACAGCGCAAUCUCGGGCUUGGGGCGGGAAUCACCCAGUGGCCCAUUCCUCAAGUUCCUGCCCACGCACACCAUGCCGGGGCACAUUCAAAAACAGAGGGAACAGGUCCCCACCAUGGGUCUCGGUCCACCGGCGCCCGUCCUCCAGUCGCUUUGGGGCAUGCUGAUGAUUCUGUGGGUGCCCCGUACAGAUUUUCGUACGACUCGAGUGCAACUGGAGGCCCCUUUCAGCACGAUGUGGGAGAUGCCCUGGGUAUCAACAGAGACAUUUAUGGGCUGUCCGGUCAAAGAGUGAAUAACGUCGCCGAUGCGGGCGGAUUCCGUGCCAGCGUCCAGUCGAACGAGCCGGGCGUUGGCAAUACCAAGAGUGCUUUUAGCCUCGGGUCACCUUCAUCUGCAUCUUCCGGAAGGCAGGAGGAUGGAGAUAAUGGGCUCAUAUUUCCACCUCCGUACCCAGGUGGUCCUGGAGCAUCUGGUUCGGGGGCCCCCGGCCAUGGCACCGAAGACGGAUCGGGAACGGCUGACGACGAUGGCGUCCGAACGACUGUCGAGUCCAACGAGCCAGGAUUCAACGGUGCCCAAAAUCCCGCAGAUGUGGACGUUUACAAGAUGCCAGGGCUAGUGGGAAUAGCUUUAGUGUUCUCUGGUCCUCACGGAUCGGCUCCCGCUGGAGCAGCACUCAUCCCACCAUCUGGUCUCGGUAUAGAAGGGCGCAGCCUUCCAGUUGGUCCUACUGGGGUAGGAUUUCUGGCGCCACCCAGAAUAGCUGGACCUGUUUACACUAAUUACGGGCAGCAAGGUGGCUCCACCUUGUACAACUUUGCCUACGCAAACGGCCAAGUCGUUGGACCACGGCAGCAGAAGUAUGGAGAUGCUGCGGCAAAUAAAGAGGGAUCGUACGGCGUCACAGUCGAUGACGACAGAUUCCACAAUGUCGACUACGUCACUGGGACAAAUGGAUUCAGUGCCAGCGGUGAAACGAACGAACCUGCGGGCGACGGUGCCCAACGUCCCGCCGAUGUUGACAUCACCAAGAGUUCGGAAUCAGCGGGGACAGCACCAAUGGGCGAAUCAUCGGGCCCCGAUGGCUCUGGCCUACCUACAGGAUCUGGUGGAUUUCAAGGAGUUCAUGGCCACGUUAUUCCCGCUGCUCCUCCUCGUCCGGCGUUAACGGGACAACCAAGAGUGUUAUUGGUUCCUGGGUCUGCCGGUUAUCCCACUGUUCAGGGACGAGCUUUCGUCCCGGUUGGUUCAGCGGGCCCUGCCUCGCCGGGGCUGCCAGCUGUCUCUGUGGUUCCCGGCAGUUACGGAUUUAACUUUAUUCACAGUUAUCCAUCUGGCACCGGGGCACCGGGUCUGAAUGUGCCGGUGUCUACUACCAACGUGAUUCUCCCCUCGCCAGCACUCAGUCCAGUUGGUGGCUACAGCUUUGGCUACACCGGUGGGCCUGGAGGAGUCGUUCAUCGUGAAACGGGUGACACUUCAGGGACAAACAGUGGAGUGUACGGCUUCAAUGGCGAGGGUGGGGCAGUCCGCAACUUGAACUACGCCGCCAACGGUGGGGAAUUCCGGGCCAGUGUACAGAGAAACCAGCACGGCAUCGACACAUCCCAGAACCUCGCAGGUGGUUUUGUCGGCGCUCUUAGAGGCUUCUGA